UGUUGAUUAUUGAAAUAUUUUGAUUACUUACUUUGAUCAAAAGAAUGGGUUUUCGUGAUUAAUACCAUCUUUUUCGAACAUCAAGAGCAGCGUGUAACAGGUAAAUUGAAUCGAAAGUGAACUGUUUCAUUGAGUAACGCUGUUUUCGCUAUCAUGCAAUUGCCACGAAUUACGUAACAACAGAGAACGAAAGAGGGACGAAGACGUAAGAAAAGACGUGUAUGAAAAGUGUAUUGAGAAUGACCUUCGAAAUCUUCUCGACUGUCCGUCCAUCGAGAGGGAAGAGUUCGGAGAUAAGGUCGAACACGGUUUAAUCCUAUAUCUAGCUGUGAUUGUUCCAAAGGUAUUGGGCCGGGAAGAAUCGAAGAAAAGGAUGUGGUGCGGGAACAGAUGAUCCUAGCGAGACAACAUUCUGGCAAGGGUAUCGAGAUUUUUAAAGCAAUUAUAGUUGGUUAUGCCGUGUCUCUCAGCGCAGCAGGUGUAUCGUGAAAGAUGACAGUCACUUAUACUGCUGAAGUCGCUACCUGCAAAGGUCUCGGUUGCUUUCUAAAAUUACUCCUAAGAUGGCGAGCCAGCAUAUACAAGCUGGUCUGGUUGGACCUAGCCCUGUUCCUCUUCAUAUAUUAUUCGCUUUCGAGUAUCUACCGAUUGAUACUGGACGAGGAACAGAAGAAAAUCUUCGAGGCCAUAGUAAGAUACUGCAACCAGUACAGCGAUCUAAUUCCUUUAUCUUUCGUCCUGGGCUUCUACGUUAGCAUUGUUAUGACCAGAUGGUGGAAUCAAUAUAUGGUGAUACCGUGGCCGGAUUCGAUCGCCGUUUUCGUAUCGGCAACUAUACACGGGAAUGACGAGAGAGGUCGAUUAAUGCGACGAACUAUCGUCAGAUACGUGUGCGUCUGUUUAACGCUGGUAUUGGCGAUGGUGUCGCCCCGAGUGAAGAAACGUUUUCCCACGUUGGAGCAUUUCGUGGAGACUGGUCUGUUGCUGGAGAACGAAUUGGUUAUAUUCCAAAGUCUGAACGCCAAGUUUCCUAAGCCUAGCAAGCAUUGGUUGCCAAUAGUAUGGGCGUCAAGUAUCGUAACACGUGCGAGGAAAGAGGGCCGUAUUCGUGACGACUUUGCCGUGAAAACGUUGAUAGACGAGUUGAACAAGUUUCGCGGUCUCUGCGGUAGCCUUAUGCACUACGAUACAAUUAGUGUUCCUUUAGUUUAUACUCAGGUGGUAACAUUGGCUGUGUAUACGUAUUUUUUAACGAGCGUGAUGGGUCGUCAGUGGGUGCAGAAUUCAUCCACGUCAACGAUCGAUCUCUAUUUCCCAGUAUUCACGACGUUGCAAUUCUUUUUUUACAUGGGCUGGUUGAAAGUAGCCGAGACACUGAUCAAUCCAUUCGGCGAGGAUGACGACGAUUUCGAAGUGAACUGGAUAAUCGAUAGAAAUUUACAAGUUAGCUACCUUAUCGUUGACGAAAUGCAUCACGAGCAUCCAGAAUUGAUCCGUGACCAGUAUUGGGAUGAGAUAUUUCCUACGGAGCUUCCAUAUACAGCGGCGGCUCAAGCUUUCCGUGAAGAGCAUCCACAACCGUCGACGGCCGGUAUUCAGUUGUCAGCGGCACAGCAAGAGCUUCAACCGUCCACUGCAAGGAUCGAUGACAUGGCGGCCGAUUUCCCGCAAAAAUUUCGUAGCGAUAUGGCAGACGAUGCCGAGUCCGGUAUACACUUUACAGCUACUGGAAAAAUGUCAAGGAGCGCCACUGAAAGUGGUAAAAUAGCAAGAAGUGCGAGCAGAGUGAGCACUCGGGAUCGUACCCUGAGCGGAGGUUCUACUCCGAGCAUAAUCGGAGAUUCUUUGACGAGAGUGAAUAGCGUGACCAGUGUGUUGAAACGAUUAUUCAGCAAGGAUGACAGACCAGACGGUGGCACGUCGAGCGGUACUAAGACUCCCGGUAGACUCGCUACUUCCAGCUCUGCAGCCUCGUUGCAAAAUCGAAUCGUUGCGGGAGGUGGCUCGAUGAGGAUUGGAGUGAUCAAAGAGGAAGCGGACGAGCAGAUGACUUUGGUAUCGAUGAAGUCGGACAAGAAGCCUCACGUGCAGAGCAUAUUUUCGCCAGGGCCACCGCCACCGAGCGCUCCCGUCGCUGUCCCUGGUAUGGAACAUUCGAGAAAUGGAGAGAUAUUCUCGUGCAGCGCUCCUAUAACAGGUGGCGUGUUAGAAGGAAGUAACGGUGAAAGCACCAACGAUAGACGAUACGCGCCUGAUUCAAGGCUGACGAGCUACGUCGGGAGCGGAAUCGGCAGUGAUCUUAUCAGUACUCGUACCUCGUCGUGUAGCAGCAUCAAUUCUGAUGACGAGUUCUCGAAAUUAAAAUCGGAAAGGGAGAAACAAAGGCGUGAGAAAGUUGUACGGAGAUUGGCUAGAAGCACCAGCGGGCAUAAUAAUAAUUUGAUAGAUGAACAUUCGAGAGGUUCCCUGGAUGAGCACCUUCUGUUAACAGAUAUGGCGAAUACGUCGCGUUUAUCUAUGAUGCAUGGAGUAAACGAGGAGGAUACGAACGAAAAUGAUCGUGUUUAGCAGGAUCACAAAUGGUAUAUCAUUGAAGUUUAAUU